AUGGCCAAGGGCAAGGGCAAGAAAACGUCGCUCAAGGCUUCACUCUCCUCCCAGCAAUCCAGGCUGAAGAAAAAGCAGGAGGCUGCCCAUGCAGAGCAGAUCGACAAGGCGAAACAAAGUGCACGGGCGAAGGGCAAGGCAAAGGCUCUGCCGCCGCGACCGACCAUCCCGUUCGAGCCUACGGAUCGUAUCCUGCUGAUCGGCGAGGGGAACUUCUCAUUUGCUCGCGCUCUCGUCUUCGAUGCCCCUAGCGCCCUUGAGUUCCUACCGCCGGGCAACGUGACGGCCACUGCAUACGAUAGCGAAGACGAUUGCUACUCGAAGUAUCCGGAUGCCCCGGAGGUCGUAGCCACCUUGAGAAAGAAGGGAGUACAGGUCAUCUUCAACGUCGAUGCGACGAGGCUGGAGAAACACACGGCCUUGAAGGGGACGAAGUGGGACAAAAUCGUAUGGAACUUUCCCCAUGCGGGUAGAGGUAUCACAGACCAGGACCGCAACAUUCGGUCAAACCAAAUCCUGAUCGUGUGCUUCCUCCGAUCCGCUGCACCUUUCCUCGCGACGGGCCCAGUCCCGACCAUCAUGCAGCCUCGGAAGCGGAAGGCAGACCCCGAUGAGGAAGAGGAUGAUGCUCCUGAAAAUGCAGAAGAAGGAGACGCGAGCGACCUUGCGGUCAGUCCGCGGGGUAGCAUCCUUAUUACACUUCGCAACGUCCCUCCAUAUACACAGUGGGACGUCCCGAGAUUGGCUAAGAAACCACCGCCGCCUGCCUCAUCUUCGACCCAACCAGUUCCGCGCUUUGUGCAGUUACGGUCAUUCGUGUUCCACAGGGCACUCUGGAAAGGUUAUGAACACCGUAUGACGAAGGGCGAGCGAGCACAUGGUGAGGGAAAGACGGGUGAGGGAGGUGAGGACCGUACAUGGCAGUUUUGCUUGGCUGAAUAG